AGAUCAGAGUUCUACAGGAACGGAAAUACUAGGGUCACGUGACGUAUGAUGUCAGAAUACAUGGCGACUGGCUGAGCAGUGCAAAAUCAUCAGACUUCGUAAAUUUGAAACAUCGAACCCUUUUAGUUUCUGUACACAGUUCCAACAAAGGACGUUUUGAUACACAAAAAUGAUUAUUACGUUGAAAAACCUGCAACAACAAACCUUUAAAGUUGAAAUUGACCCAAAUGAAACGGUACGACAUCUAAAGGAGAAAAUUGAAGCAGCGAAGGGGAAAGAAUAUCCAGCCGAAAAUCAAAGGCUUAUUUAUGCAGGUAAAAUCCUUGCAGAUGAAAUUGUUCUUAGUGAAUACAACAUUGAUGAGAAAAAAUUUGUUGUUAUUAUGGUGGCGAAACCUAGAAGUACACCAGCGCCUUAUGCAGGUCCAAGUGAUCCAACAGCUGCACCUGAGGAGGCUGAAGAAGAGAAGCAGCAGGAAGAAAGCACAGUGGCCACAGAGAGUUCUGAGACUACAGUGCCAUCUACUGCAAAUUCUCCAUCAGCAGCACAGCCAGCUGCCACAAAUAUUGUGGACGCAGAGUCAGCUCUUCUAAUGGGGGAAGACUACAACAAAAUAGUGCAGAAUAUUAUGGAUAUGGGGUAUGACAGAGACCAGGUGGAACAGGCAUUACGAGCAAGUUUUAACAAUCCAGACCGAGCUGUUGAGUACCUUCUCACAGGUAUUCCAGCACAGUUGUUUGACGACCCACCAGGCUCUGGACCAGAAAGUGACCCAAUAGUUCAAGGAAGCCCUACACUUCAAGCGUCAGGUGGGGGUUCUGAAGAAGACCCGUUGGCGUUCCUGCGUUCUCAACCACAGUUCCAGCAGAUGCGACAAGUGAUCCAACAAAAUCCACAGCUACUGAAUGCUGUUCUGCAGCAGAUUGGACAGACCAACCCUGCCCUUCUACAGCUCAUAUCACAGAACCAGGAGGCAUUUGUACGCAUGCUGAAUGAACCUGCUGCUCCAGGUGGUGGCAUACCUUCAGCUGGUGGUACCCCUGCAAGUCCUGUUGCAACUGUACAUGGGAGUGCAGGAGAAGCUGGAUCAGGUGCUGGUAGCAUAUUUGCCCCUGGAGUAAUCCAGAUAACUCCACAGGACAAGGAGGCCAUUGAGAGGCUCAAGGCACUGGGGUUUCCUGAACACUUGGUGAUUCAAGCAUACUUUGCCUGUGAGAAGAAUGAAAACAUGGCAGCCAACUUUUUACUAGCCCAGAGUCUUGAUGACUGAAAGGAAGCUUUGAUUUCAUUUAUAACACAACACACACAGUCACUUGCUCGUAAAGAACAUAAAGUGAGAAGUGAAUUACUGAAGGGAUUCCGUAAAUACAAUAUCCUCCCUGUCCACAGUGAAUGAAGAAAUUUUUAAACUGGUUAGACUGAGUUUAUCCAAUUAUUAAUAUUGUGCAGUGAAUUCUGUACAUUGGUCAGAGACUGCAUUCAUGUCCAGACUUGAAUACCACACUGUGGUUAACCUAAGACUUUAUGAGAUAAGCAUAUUAACAAAUAUUUUAUUUAUGAUUUCAGUUUGUUUGUUCAUUUGUUUGAGUCUGAACAUUGGAUAAUUGAGAAUCUGCUUCCUGUUUUGGUUGUUGUCAAACUGAAAAGUAUAACAACAUGGCAGAAGUCAGAACACUGGAUUGUUCUGGUGUGUGAAAUUAAUUUACUGUCAUUAGAGAGUAAAGUAAUGCUAAGGCAUAUUUGUUACUAAUUGUAGUAUGAUAUGGGCACAAAUCAUGCUAUUGUCUUUCCUUUUAAAUUUGGAACUUUUUAUGAAGACCAAAUUAAUGCUUCAAUAUACAGUGAACUGUUCAGUUUGUAAAGCUUUCCUGUGUAUAUAGAUCACAGUAAUAACAUUUUUACCCAAAACUAGCCAUUUGUCUGAAUUAUUUUAUCAUUGAAUGGCAUGAAGGAGUAAGGGAGGGAAGUAUGGGGAAUAUUAAAUAUUGAAGGAUUGCAGCUUGUUACAACUAACUUUUUUUUUAUGUGAAGAACUCCAAAAUAAAGAAUUUUUGAGUUGACUGAUUUCAUGCACUGAUACAGUCUUUUCUUGGUACUGAGUGAUGUUACUUGACUCUAAGAAUCCUCUAUUAUUGUUUGGCCUUCAUCCUCAUUUUCCUUACCCCAUUGAAGUUUUAUGUUUUGUACAAUAUGUGGUUAUGCCAUUUGGUGAAUAUGAUGGGGAUCAAUAUAAGCAGCAGCCAGGGACUUUUCAGUCGUAAUGAGAAUGGGUUAUACCAAAGCGGUACACAUUGGAUUCAAACAGCCAAUGAAAUGCCAUAUUCUCUUUUUCUUUUAGAAAAUAGCUCAUUGAAAUGUGUGUCAACCCAAAACUUAGAGAUAGUACAAUAUCAUUUUAGCCUCACUUCUGUUAGGCAGUCUUUUUAGGCUCAUGGUUGGUUACCAGGUUUUGUACUUUUGUUACUAGAAGGUGCUGGGAUAUGCCUCGCAUUAUUUGGGCAGUGGUAAACAGACAUAUUUUCCCACUGCAAGUCUUGGUGUUGUGUUUGAUGAUAGAAGUGGUGAUGGUCUUUUACAGUAAUAACCCUGACAGAAACAGAGUUUCUUCUGAAAGACUCCUGUUUAUGUACAAAGGAACUUUCAAGAAAGUGGAGUAUAUGAAUGUCUUUGUGUUCAUAUUCUCAAUAGGGAUGACUUUCAGCCAGACCAUUUCUUAAUUAUGGUGACUUGAUUGCGGAGACUUUUGUCAGUGAUAUGGUUACAACUCAUGUUCAGUCAUUAAUUUUUUAAAAUUUAUAUAUUAAAAGUGAUGUACAUUACUUCAGAAAUGACAGUGAUGUAACUGUAUACAACUGAUUUAUAUGUGCACUUUUUAAUAUUGUGCAUUUGUUUGGGAUAUAGGACCAUACUAAAAGUUAUUAAACCAAUGAAAGAGAUGAGAUUUGAGGUUCUCAUUGCAUUGAAAUUGUCAGCAGUGGCUGUCUGGUUUGUGACCCCAUGUGGACUUGCAGGAUACCAACAUUUCAAAGAAACAUAAGUUUACCUAUAAGUCUACAUGACUUCACAAUCCAGGAGACCACUGUGAACAAUGAAGUAGGUAUUUGAGUAUAGUUACUCCAAAGUAUUGUAUAAAAUUACAUACAGUUUAGAAUUUAGUGUUAUAUAUAUGAAUUAUACUGAAAAUAAUUUUGAAUGUUAAUAACUAUUUAGCUUUUCCUAAAUUAAUUUGGGUUGAAAUUUUUGCUCUAAAUAUAUUAUCCCACAUUAUUGCAUAACAGGUGAAAUUUUGUAGCUAUGAAUUGUCCUUUCUUCAUUCUUAACAAUAAUUUGAACUGUUUCUUGCUAGGUGGAACCAGUGUUCAGUAGUAAGUAGACAGUUUCUGUUUUUGCCAGUUUCUUUUAUACUUUAUCUUUACUCCUCACAGUACUUAUACUAUUUCUAAACCUUCAUUUGGCAGAUUUGGAUAGUAGUACAUAAUUAUGUAGUUUGGGCUUGUUAUUUUAUGAAUAUGGAACACACAAGUAAGUCUGAUAGCCAUAAUGGUGACCUGGAAGGCAUUUCUUUUGACAUGUCCAGCAGUGAUAUUUCUGUCAGAAAUAGACGUUAGACUCGGAUUCAGACAGUUCUGUUGACACUUCUAACAACGGAUGAAAAUGAAAACUUCAUUUGCCUCAUAAUUUUGACGCAAAUGUCUAAGCAGAGCCCAAUAGCUCAAAAUAAUAAUGAAGCUGUUUAUAUGUGAAAGAUUUUCUCGUAUUAUAAAGUGUUUUGAAUAAAAUUACUCGUACACAUUAUUUAUGAUCACAUAUAUGAAUUAAAAUAACUUGCCAUUUUUCUGUCUCACCAAAUUCAGAAAAUAAAUUGACAAGUGGUUAAAUACACUGGAUGUAUGAAAGUGAAAAUUUCUUGUAGAUAGACAUUUCCUUGAGUUUUCUUGAUUGUAUUGGUUCACAAAUUUGAAUAUAAAAGUUCUGUUAUUUGAACGGUCAUGUGCUUAUAGAUGAAUAUAUAUGGACCUUUAUUCUGAAUACAAUAUAUAUCUCUCUAUGGAGGAAGCUGUAAUGCUUUAUUCUCACUAGUAUUGUUUGGCUCAGUUUUCACACAAAUGCCUUAAGUAUGUACUGAAGUUGUGGAAUUGUGUUAGAAAAUUGGAGAUUUGCUUCCACUAUAGUGCCUCAUCUAGUUGUUUCAUGCAGUUCUUAGAGUUUUGGGUUGACUUUCCUUGAGCUUCAUACAGUUAAAUGCUGUUAAGGCCAAGUUCAAUAGACUAUGUAAAAUUGAUCAGGAAGAGUGAAGUUUCAUUAUAUUGAGCAUUAGUUAUAAGAACCUAAAAUGUGUUAAAAAUCAGAAUUAUUAAUAAAUUAAUGUUGUAAACAAA